CGGUAAACACGGCCCCACUUUGGUUCCAAAUAUGGAUUUAUAUUACGCUCCCUAUGUCAGUGCCUGUCGCAAUGUCCUCAUGGUGGCCAAAGCUCUGGGCCUAGAGCUAAACAAGACUGUGAUCAGCACCCGGAAGGGAGAGCAGAUGAAGCCGGAGUUCAUCAAGAUAAAUCCCCAGCAUACAAUUCCCACCCUGGUGGACAAUGGCUUCACCCUCUGGGAGUCACGUCCAAUUGCCAUUUACCUGGUGGAAAAGUACGGAAAGGACGACUCCCUCUACCCCAAGGAUCCCCAGACACAGGCUGUGAUUAAUCAGCGACUCUACUUUGAUCACAACAACAUGUACGGCUCCUUGGCCGCUUACUACUUCAAAAUCUAUGUCACCGGUCAGUUGGGCUCCGAGGAGGAUUUCAAGAAGGUGCAGGACACCUUUGGUUUUCUCAAUGCCUUCCUGGAAGGUCAGGAGUAUUUUGCCGGGGACCACUUAACCUUAGCCGACAUUGCCAUCCUCUCGAAUGUAACCAACUUCGAUGUUCUGGGCUUCGACAUUAGCAAAUAUCCAAAUGUGGCCAAGUGGUAUGCGAAUGCCAAGAAGGUGACUCCCGGCUGGGAGGAGAACUGGGAAGGCGCUUUGGACUUGAAAAGGUCAUUCGAUGAGAAAAUGAAGUCUGUGCAGUAAUUAAGCGGAAGAUAUUUAAUUUAAGUGAUAUUAUUGAAUGUUUAUAAUAAAAAUAUACUUAAAUAAGUGUAGAGAAAAUUAUUAAAAGCUUUUAUAUAGAAAGCAUAAUUAAACCAAAGAUAAGCAGGCAUA